UUGUAAGUAACUUAUGACAUAAAGUUAACCUUAAUACAAACAUCGUUGUCUAUACUAAUCCGAAAGUAUGUAAUUUCAUUUUUUACAUAGAUUAAAAAACGAAAAAAAUUAAAUAUUGAUAAAAUGGAUGACGAAACCUUAAAUAGACUUGCAGUUGAAGCAUUAUUAGAAGAAGCAAAACUUGGAGCAAAAAGAGCAGAAAUAAUGGGUCCUAGUGGAUGGAUAAAACCAAAAGAAUGUAUUAAUAAAAGAUUUCUUCAUUCAACAUUACGGAAUGUUGUUCUUUCAAAUAAAUAUCAAUUGAAAAGAAAAACUGAAAAGCAGUUGCGUAUACCUGAGAAUAAAUUAAAAUAAUUAAAAAUAUAAACUAAUUCUACUAUUAAUGUAUUAAACUUUAUGUAAUAUCCUUUUUUUUUUCUUUUAUUUAAAAUC